AUUUUUUAAAGAUUUAUUCUUACAUUCUUCUGUAUUUUGCGUCUAUCAUUCGUUUGAAUGCCCGAAUGCCCGUAUUCAAUGGUUGCGUGGUAUAUGUGAUUGUGAAAUGGCACUCUCUAUUUAUAAAUUAUUUUGAUAUUUCAAAUACAAAACAUAAGCAUUUUAUUAAACCCAGGAAAAUAAGUUUAUUUAAUAAGUCGAUUAUUAUAACGUAGGAUAAAAGAUAAAAAACAAACAAACCCCACUUAAUGAAUUAAACUCAUCACUGCUUUUUUACGAAUUAUUUCUGAGCUUGAGGUAAAAGGCGGUUUUUCACAAGAGAUUUUAAUUUUGUCCUUAAUCUUUUUCCCUCCUUGUUUUCAGAACAUUAAUUUAAUAUUUUCUGACUAGUUCUAAUUGAUAAAUAAUCACUGUGGAACUCGUGUUGUCUUAUGAUUUCUUCUUUAACAAAUAACUUCUGUGAUGGGGGACUUCGGACCAGACUCCGGUGGAAGGAUUAAGGGACUGACCAUUAUUAAGCCAAUUGUCUAUGGAAAUAUUGCCCGAUACUUUGGGAAGAAGCGAGAAGAAGAUGGCCACACUCACCAAUGGACAGUUUAUGUAAAAUCAUUCCGAAAUGAAGAUUUAUCAAAUUAUGUGAAGAAGGUUCAUUUUAAAUUACAUGAAAGUUAUCCAAAUCAAAACAGAGUUGUUACAAAACCUCCCUACGAAGUCACAGAAACAGGAUGGGGUGAAUUUGAAGUGGUUAUUAAGAUUUAUUUCAAUGACAGUAAUGAAAGACCUGUAACACUGUAUCAUUUAUUAAAAUUAUUCCAAAGUGAGACAGACAUUAUGUUGGGAAAGAAAUCAUUAGUUUGUGAAUUCUAUGAUGAAUUGAUGUUUCAAGAUCCAACCCAAAUGAUGCACCAAUUAUUAACCAAUGUUCGUCCCAUUAUGAUGGGAACGUAUCGCCAUGAAAAUGACUUUGAAGAAAAACGAGAGAAAACAGUCAACAAUAUCUUGAAUGCUAAAAAUAAAAUCCGUUAUGAAAUAGCUGAAUUAAAUGAACGCUUAAAACAAAGCAAAGAGACAAUACUAAAAUACAAGAAUGAAAUUCUGAAAAUGGAAGAAUGCGACGAUGUUUUAACACAACCUUUGCAAUGCCCGACAACUUCAUUACCUUCCAGUACUGCUGUUUCUCUACCGUCUGCAACUAGUUCUGCAUCUACUGUAUCUCUAAAUGUUUCAGUUGACAAUGGAGCUACCACACCUACAACAGUUACUACAGCAACUACAAGCGAAGUCCCCACAUCACUUAGCAUUAGUUCUUCUGCUACAACUAGUAUAAAUACUCUUUCUAUUUGAAAUCAUCUCUUCAAAACUUGCUGACAUUAAUCGAAAGGAAUUAGUUCCUUAUAGUUUAUCAUUAAUUACUGAGCCUGGUUAAGCAGGCUCUGGCUGUGGCAUUCUCAAAACCUACAGUUGGGAUCAACAAAUUUCAUCACCUCAUUUUUUAAAUAAUAUUUAGUUUUUUUUUCUCUUUAACCACCAAUAAAAGCCAAAUCUAUUUACUAACCUA